UCCAUUCAAUUUGCACACAUUUUCGUACAGAGUGGAAAGGUAAAACACUGGAAACGAUGUGCUAACUCCCACGAGUGAUUUCUCAGAAGUGUCUGUGAUGUAUCCGUGAGCAUUUGUUUUGGUUUAACUGUGAGUCUGGAGAUUAAAUUCUAAAAUGGGUCAAGGUCAGACGAAGGCCUCUAAGCGCCGUGAAAGUAACGGUGAGCAGGGCCCAUCUCCAAAGAAGGAAGCUAAGAAAUCUCCCAAGAAAUCGCGAGGGUCUAAAGGUUCAAGGUCAUCAAGAUCACCAAGUACAGAGUCACAGUCCAAAGGUCAAGGUCAGAUGCAAAUAGAAGAGAGGGAAGCCUCUCCAAUGAAAAGAUUAGAACCAGAGUCAUUGGGAGUAAAAGGUGAACAAAAUGGUGUUGAGGAUGUUAAAACUGUGUUAAGUAAAUCGCCUCCAAAACCAAAACGAACUUAUGAAGUAGAAUUUAUCGAACCAGAAAAAGAAAAUGUGCCUGAUGGGAUAGAUGAGUUAGAUGUCUCAGAAAUUCGUAAAGUUGAAUCUAGUCCUACAAAAACUCCAGUAAAAAUGAAUGGUGAACAUGAACCUUUUACUCCUGUUAAGUCUAGUGACCUAAAUAAUGUUCCACAGGCGACAUCGACUCCUGCACCAAAUGGAAUACUGAGUACGGGAACUGGUCGGCACCCUAGUGGCGGAAGAUACAGUGAUGAUGACCAUACAGAUGUUAGUGACGAUGAAGCAUACGCUUCUGAACAACAAUUUCGUUCAUCUAGUCCGACUGCCUCGAAUGUCUCUUUGAAAUCCUUUUCUACCAUAAAUAGUUCAUCAUUGCGUACAAAAUCGGAUUCCUCCUAUGAGAAGAAGGUUGAAGUGAAUUAUGGGAAAUUUUACAACCAGAGUUAUCUGAACAAAGGCUCACAGAACUACAUGAGUAGAGGGCGCACAUUGUCAGAACCUAAGAUCAAGAACAAUGUAAACCAGUUCAUUAGACCAGCAAAUUUCUCCUAUUCAAAGGAACCUCCAAGCUUUUUGAAAAACAAGAAAGGAGGCAUGAUGUCAUUAGCUCAAGGUAAGACCGUUGUAAAGACUCGGAGAAGCUCGUCCCCGGGACCGAGUUCAGGUACAGCGACUGGAGUGAGGAAGAACACUGAGGCUGUUCGAAUGAGUAUGUUCCCUGGAGGAAAACGGCCACCGCCGAAAGAGAUAGCUAAAAUAGAAAGAGACGAUUGGCCAGCGCCUCCAUCGCCUGCGGCUAUUCUUCCAGAAAUAUUACGUCAGCGGAGAAAGAGUCGCGGUGAGGAGGAUGAGGAAGAGGAACAGGUAUUUGAGGAUCCAAAAAUAAAACGAGAAAUUGAAGAGUUAAAGAAAUUCAAGGAUGAAUCAGGGAUUGGCAAAGUGAUCUACAAUGAAUUAGAAGUUGCUAAGCAACUACCAUCCAAGCCGCUGGAUCCUUGGAAAUCUUCAAGGGUGCCAAACGCAGCAUACGAACCAAAGUAUCAAACUAGAUACCAGAGUCCAAUGUUUGCCUCUCCAUCUCGAUUCCUAGAUCGUACAAAAAGAUCGUGGGAUGAUUGUGAUAUACGUGCUGGAUACAGAACUAUUGCAAUACAUGGACACAUACCAGCACCAAAACCGGGAUACGGCCUUGCUCCGCGUGCUGCUACUUUACCUGUUUCGGGCAUGUAUGGUGGACCAUUAGAUUUAGAUUAUAGGGUAUAUGAUCUAGAUGUUUCGUCCGGUAGAGAUACUCGUGUUUCCACUUCAUCUAUUAACACAGAAACUAGUAAAGUAACCAGUACCAUAUUUGACCAACCGGGUGUGUCACUGAUGACGUUCCAGAAAAGUUCUUGGCACACAGAAUCUAAACCUCCAGUGUACAAUUAUGAGAGAUUGAAAAUCUCCAACUUUGAUUUACCAAAAGAUGUUGAUAGAGAUCAGUUAGAGAUACAUUUGGCCAAAGAAGAAUUUGAGGAUAUUUUUAACAUGUCAUGUGAAGAGUUUAGACAUUUACCAGAAUGGAAAAGAAAUGAUAUGAAACGUAAAAAAGAUCUGUACUAGCAGCCCCCCUCUAGUGCUUAUAGAUAAUAAUAAAUUGUGUUCAAAUUUUAUUUUUGUAAUUGGUUGGAUGGACAGUCUGAGAGUUAAUCUUAUCUGCCCGACUACACAAGCCCAUUGUAAAAAGUGGCAUCAAACCAAAGAUAAGGCGUUCAUUCCUCUACCCCUUCAGCUCCACUUCGAGGAUGUUAUAAUGGAAGCUGGAAGUGCCCAUUAUAGAACUGAAGGGUUAAUUGGCAAUUUUCUAAACGUGGAUGAAUUUUUGAGGAUAUGUACAUAGUUAGAAGAUAUGAAUGUUCACCUGCUGUCCAAGAAACCCAUAUUAGAGCAUUCAGUGAUGUAAAAAAAUCCAUUCCAAAAAUGGCAAGUAGAUGUUGGAAGGUCCUAAUUAAGACUUUCAGAAAAAAGCUAAGGACAGAAAACUGGUUGAAGCUUGUCAGGGUGCAGAGAAGGGGACAACAGUUCACCUGCUGGCUUUAUGCAAAAUUUGAACAAAAUUGAAAUUAAGAGAACUAUUUGCUUCCUGCAGUUUGUUUGAUACUGUGUAUAGAUUUGAACAAAGGCGAAAAGAAGCCAUACAGAUACAUGUUAGUGCAUGAAAAAUAGUUCUUAAUUUGAUACUUUUGGAAGUAUUGAACAUAGUUCUGCAAAGAUAGGAAUUUGUGUGUGAUAUGGUGUAUCUCUUCCAGCUGUCAGGGCAAAUUUGUUAAGCAAACAACCAGUCAUACAUGUGCUGCUUCUUCUCUCUCUGACUUUAUGUUCAGCUAAGAAGAGGGCACAGAUGUGACUAAAAGACAAUGAAUUACCUGUAAAGGUGCUUACAUUGUACCUGUAUCAAGACAUAGUUGGUCAAAUCCUGUAUAAAAGAGGAAGAGAAAAAAACUUACGUUAAAUUAAUUAGAUUAAUUCUGUCUCCAACAGUUUACAUUUUGUAUUUGUACUGGAGUGAGGAUUAAUUACCUUGUAUCAGUUAUAAUAAAUUGGAAGCAUUUUUACUUGGUCUUUAAACAUGUUUUAGACAGAAUGAUCAAUGCUUUGUAGUUUGUAAACAUUGAGCAUGGGAAAAAACAUUGUCCAGUACAGAUGUCACAAACAAUACUUGAUAAAGGAGUUUGUUGAAAGUUGAAUGCCACUGUACUAGAUUGCAAUGAUAGGGAAACAUUAUUAUAUAGAAUUUUGUUUCAAUGACUUUGGUGUAAGAUGUACAUGGUUGUGCAUACAUGGGAACACUUGUAUUUCAUAUGCAUGUCAUAUCAGUGUGAGCUUAAUGCGACCCACUACAACAUAUCACCAGUUGGUUCAAAUACAAAAUACACUUUCAACUCAUCUAAAGCUUGCAUUAGGAUCAAAGGAGUUAAGUUCAUUGUAUUAGAAAUGUAUAGAAGGGAUGUCUUUAGAAGACAUACUGCUGUAAGGAAUUUCGGUACUGGUUAUCACCAAAGCGAACUUGGUUAUAAAUGGUGGAGGAAACUUGUCUUCAUUUUCGUAACAUUUUUUUCACAUUAAGUAUUUGAAGGCAAUGUUUUACAUAGUCCACACAGCCUAUGCAAUCACAUGAUUGUGCUUGAUUUUUACUAGCCAUUUAUUUCCAAACAUGUUUCUCCUGAUGAAGGGUGGUUCAUUUUGAUUCAAAACAUCCUUGAAACAAAAAGAUGCAUUGGCAAAUUCUAGAUGUAUGUUUUGUUUCAAUAGUUGAGUAAAUGAAGCAGAUGUUUUCUGAGAAAAGGAGCUUUACAGUUUUAAAAUUUCAAUGAUAGCUUUUAAUAUACAGCUUUCACAAGAGCAUAAUGUAUUUAAUUAAUGUUGUUGCACUUUACAUACAUAUAGCUGCAGAAAUUACAGUUUUGCAUUUUCCCCAUGUUAUUCUGCAAAACUGUGUUAACUUUAAUGGCAAGCUACUGUGCCAUUUAAAAUCAAAAUCGACUAUGUUGCUGAAAAGUUAAAAUUCACUUUUUUCUUCUUUUGCUAAGCAUUUCACCUAUCAUAUUCGUUAAUGUUGUGACUAUGAAGGCAAAAAAUGUGAAAGAAGAAAUAAUGUUGAACAGUGAACUUUGUUUUCGGCAGAUAAAAAAGUGAUACCUCCUCAGAAAUAUAAUGGUAAAAUCUGGAAUGGUUUAUUCGAAUGUUGUAUUAUAAAGUAACUGGGAAGCACCUGCCCCUAUGGUCAAGGAAUUUGGAGCAGCCUUUCUUUGUUAAAUGAGAGUGCUUCUGAAAUUUUUGUGUUUCCUUAUUAGUUGACCUUUCUGUUUGGUAACAAGGACUCUAUAUGAAGAGUUCUUUGGAAAUAAACUUUCAAACAAAGUAUAUAUUAAGCUUGCAGGUGUUUCCUGGUACAUGAUAUUGUGUGAAUCAAAAUGGGUCGACAAUCAGUGAGGAGUACAAUAUAAUAAUUGUUAACAAUAUCAAAUAUGU